GCCCGGACUUCGUGGAGACGGAGGUGGAGAACGGGGGGGUGCUGUGCAGCAGGAAGGGGGUGAACCUGCCGGGCGUGGCGGUGGACCUGCCCGCGGUGUCGGAGAGGGACCGGCAGGACCUGGCCUUCGGCGUGGAGCAGGGCGUGGACGUGGUCUUCGCAUCCUUCAUCCGCAAGGCAGCCGACGUGGCGGCCGUGAGGGAGGCGCUGGGGGAGGGGGGGAGGCACAUCAAGAUCAUCAGCAAAGUGGAGAACCACGAGGGGGUGAAGAGGUUCGAUGAGAUCCUGCAGGCCAGCGAUGGCAUCAUGGUUGCCCGCGGCGACCUCGGAAUUGAGAUUCCUGCUGAGAAGGUGUUCCUGGCUCAGAAGAUGAUGAUUGGUCGAUGCAACAGCGCUGGGAAGCCUGUCAUCUGCGCCACUCAGAUGCUGGAGAGCAUGAUUAAGAAGCCCCGCCCCACACGCGCGGAAGGAAGUGAUGUCGCCAACGCUGUCCUGGACGGAGCGGAUUGCAUCAUGCUGUCGGGGGAGACGGCCAAGGGGGAGUAUCCUGUGGAGGCUGUGAGCAUGAUGCACUCGAUCGCUCGCGAGGCCGAGGCCGCCGUCUUCCACAAGCAGCAGUUCGAGGAGCUGCGGCGCCUGACCCCGAUGACCUCUGACCCCACCGAGGUCACGGCCAUCGGAGCCGUCGAGGCGUCCUUCAAGAGCAACGCCGGCGCCAUCAUCGUCCUCACCACCUCCGGGAGGUCAGCACAGCUCCUGUCCCGGUACCGCCCGCGCGCCCCGAUCAUCGCUGUGACCCGGAACGAGCUGCUGGCCCGGCAGGCUCACCUCUAUCGAGGGAUCUUCCCAGCGCUGGUCCGGGAGCCACCCAGCCCGGUGUGGAGCGACGACGUGGACCAGAGAGUGAACUUCGGCAUGGAGAUCGGGAAGGUGAGGGGGUUCUUCCACAGGGGGGACAUGGUGAUUGUGGUGACGGGCUGGAGCCCAGGGUCCGGGCACACCAACAUCAUGAGGGCCGUCAGUGUCCCCUAGGGGCCACACCCACCAAUCGGGGCCCCAGAAAAUACUCCUGCUAUUCUCAACAAAUCUGUAACCGAACCCUUCCUGCAGUCAGAAUCGCUGUGUCUGCGAUACACUGACAGCGCUGUUGCGCGGCCCGUCCUUUCCAGCACUUGUAUUUGAAUGCCGACUGAUGUCAGAGUCACAGUGAAUAAAAUGCUGCUGCAGCCUA